UCGAUAUCUCUGAAAUAGACUGCUCUGCCCUGCGCCGCUGCCGUCAAAAUCCCGCAGACGUCUGUGUAGAGCGCCGAGAGGUAGUUUCGGCAGCGCUCCUUGAUCCGCAGCUUUGGAGGAGGCGGCAGCAAGGCCGGCGCCGGAACCAUGUUUCGCAACCAGUAUGACAAUGAUGUCACUGUUUGGAGUCCUCAGGGCAGGAUUCAUCAAAUUGAAUAUGCAAUGGAAGCUGUCAAACAAGGAUCAGCUACAGUUGGUCUGAAAUCAAAAACCCAUGCAGUGUUGGUUGCAUUGAAGAGAGCACAGUCAGAGCUCGCAGCUCAUCAAAAGAAAAUUCUCCAUGUUGACAAUCAUAUUGGUAUCUCAAUUGCGGGACUUACUGCUGAUGCUAGACUGCUAUGUAAUUUUAUGCGCCAGGAGUGUUUGGAUUCCAGAUUUGUAUUUGACAGACCUCUUCCUGUAUCUCGUCUUGUAUCUCUAAUUGGAAGCAAGACCCAGAUACCAACACAGAGAUACGGCCGGAGACCAUAUGGUGUUGGGCUGCUUAUUGCUGGUUAUGAUGAUAUGGGCCCUCAUAUUUUCCAAACCUGUCCAUCUGCUAACUAUUUCGACUGCAGAGCUAUGUCCAUUGGAGCCCGUUCUCAAUCAGCUCGUACUUAUUUGGAGAGACAUAUGUCUGAGUUUAUGGAGUGCAAUUUGAACGAACUGGUUAAGCAUGGUUUGCGUGCCUUACGAGAGACACUUCCUGCAGAACAAGAUCUAACAACAAAGAAUGUUUCCAUUGGAAUUGUUGGUAAAGACUUGGAGUUUACAAUUUAUGAUGAUGAUGAUGUGUCUCCAUUCCUGGAAGGUCUUGAAGAAAGGCCACAAAGAAAGGCACAGCCUGCUCAACCUGCUGAUGAACCUGCAGAAAAGGCUGAUGAACCAAUGGAGCAUUAAGUGAUAAACCAGUCUAUAUAUGUAUUAUCAAAUAUGUAAGAAUGCAGGAACAUGUACUGAUGACAGUAAUCUCUACUUUGAACCAAAAGAUGCAGCGGCAGAAUUGUAUGUGUUAGGAAUCAGUCCAGAUGAGAGUUUUUUCCAAGCAACUGAAACCAUAUAAUGGGAUGCAUUUUUCUUUGAGAGGGUCUAUAUAAUCAUUUGCUAGAAAGUAUAAUUAUCUGUACUAAUGUUUUUAUAUGAAGAACAUAGUGUCUUUGUGGUUUUAAAGACAACUGUGAAAUAAAAUUGUUUCACCUGCU